AUGUCUUUGAUCCAGAGAACUAUCCGCGCCCUACGUGGUCGCUUUUCGCAUAUCGAUCUAUCUGAGAAAUUGGAUGAUCAACGCAUGGAGGUAUAUACCAUACUCUGGGACAUGUACCAAAAGCUACGUGGUCUAAACGCUGAGUCACUCGAAUCGGAAAACCUAGAGAUGCUGGCAGUGCAUAUUCUACCGCUGGACCUCACACAUACUACCGAGCCCGCGAUACCGCGACAGUUAGAUCCAGGUGCCUACUUUAUCCCCCUCUCCGAUGAGUUUGUCAGACACCAUUCCAUGGAUAUCAGGGACCCCGAGACUCAGGAGGAUCUAGAUAUCACCGCAACACUUCUUAAACCGGGAUAUAGCAAGAGUAACAGUUGCUACCGGCCCUUAAGCUCCUACAGUAAAGCUGGAAUUCUAUGCGAUCGACUAGCUAUAGAAAUGUCCACCCGAAGAGUUAACUGCGAAGAAGAAUGGACAUCCCUGAGUAUGAUCACAAAGUGGAGGUGGAACACCAAUUUCCAUCUCGAUCCGACUUUCUCUUACCACGCUCCGGAUUAUCGAGAUGAUUAUGACUGGAGUAUUAACCUUUUUUACGCUUGCUCAAGUCAUCCUACCUUCCCGCAUAUUAAGGUCCUUAUGUAUCACAGCGAUGUCAAGGAUCCCGAGCUAGUUCUCAAGGCAGAGGUCAUGGCGAUAGUUGCCACCAUGCACUCCCGCCUGUGUACAGAGACUCUCCUCGAUCAUCUUAUUGUUCCGGUAAUGCUUUUCAGCUUCGCAGGAUGCAGUGUGCGCGUUCUAAUCGCCAUCUAUGACGGGCAGAAUUUGAGGAUCUCCAUGUCCAAAUUCAUGGAAUACUCGGAAGGGUCUCAGGAUCUCUGGGACUUGCUUACUCGUUACCUGGGAUGUGGUAUCAACCAUCAGCUGACCACCAAGAAGCUGCCUGUGGAAUAG